AUGAGGACUAUUAACUCUUUAAUAGUCAACGACAAGCUUGAGAAAAUACAAGAUCAACUCAACAGCUUGUCUCUCGCCCAAAAUCGAAACACACGAUCUGGUCUUGAGGUUUCCACGAGUAGAAACCUAGCCCUCAGUAAUCGGGGAAGAGGUCGAGGACUUCGACGCCCGGGCCCCGUCCGACCAUUCAAUUAUGGCACAAGAGGAACUUUCCGAGGAAGUUUUCCUUUUAGAAAUCCUUUUGCGAUGCCACGGAAUUUCUAUCCAUUUCCUCCGAAUUACCUUGCGCCCCCGUAUCCUCCCGAUCCUGGCGCUUAUCCAUCAUCAGAUUCGGCUGUAUAUCCUCCGCGCAUGAUUGACCCAGCCGUAUAUCCGCCGCGGACCAUACGAGGUAAGAGAGCGCCUAACGCGUUACCUUUGCCUCCGGCCAAUCUCUUCUGCAUCCUUUGUCUUAUUUCUUGGAUAACACCUGUAGCUGCUCAGGCAUAUCAGAUUUGCGGGUCUUCACAAUACGCUCAAACCUUUUCUCUGCCUAAGACCGUCGCUUGUAGAGCCUCUCCACGAGAACCAAUGAUUGCCACCAAGGUUCAACUCUUCGGAGUUAAAAAUGAUCCUCUACAAUUAUCGGGCGUAAAAUGCUAUUAA